CGCUUCUUCCCGGUUCUUUUCUCUCUCUUCUCGUUGUCUCUCUGGUUCGAAAUUUCUACUUCUCUCUGGUGGAAUCUAGCCCGUAGAAGAACAGCAGCAUUAGGCACGCCACGUUCAGCCAUCUCAGUUAUCUGUCCGUCGUUUCAGCUGCCAGGUUCCGCGUGAAUCGAGCACCCUCCGCGUGUCAAGUUGUCGAUCGGACGAAAAACCCGUCGGAGUGGGCGUUCUCCAUCUCCAUUUUGGCCACUGCCUACAGCCAAGCUUUGAAAGUUUGCUCUCACUUUGUUUCCCUCUUCUGAUUGGGAAGACUGUUACCUGGUUCCUAAUCCGCAAAAAUGUCAAGUGGGCUUGGACUCGAGUCUCUUGUUGAUCACACAAUUUCAGUUAUUACAAAUGAUGGGCGCAAUAUUGUGGGAAUCCUGAAAGGUUUUGACCAAGCUACAAAUAUAAUCCUUGAUGAAUCUCAUGAACGUGUUUUCUCCACCAAGGAAGGAGUGCAGCAACUUGUGUUGGGUUUGUACAUUAUAAGAGGCGACAACAUAAGCGUUAUAGGGGAAUUGAAUGAGGAGCUGGAUGCAAGUUUGGAUCUCUCGAAACUGAGAGCUCAUCCCCUGAAGCCUGUUGUCCAUUGAUGACUGGCCCGCUCCAUUUGUGAGUUGCAUUGCUAAACUUUCUCUGUUGGAAAGUCUUCGCACAAUUUUAAAUUUAAAAUGCUUCUUGCAGUAUAUGAGAUAUCGACAAAGAGCCAACGGUAUAUGGAUUAAUUAGUGUUUUAGGCUUAUGUUUUUAGUUUAAAUGUUGGUCGGUGGUUCGUUCAAAGCAGUCUGUUUGUGUGAGCUUGACAAAAUGAGGUAGCUCGAGGAAAAUACAUAUUGAACAAGUAACUAUAAUCUGGAGUUGGGAACGCUGGUUGUUUUUGUAUGGAUGGGAAAUAUUACUGCUCUGUCAUUUACAGCAUGAAUGUGGCUAUAUAUGUAUGCGUUGUAAAUGCAUGUGUUUGUAGUGUAUGCAUAUGUUGUAUGUUGUUUGUCACAGCGAAGUUAUAUUAUUUGGUCAUUUACAA